GCUGCCCACUUUCCCCUGUGGUGUACCCUAGCUGUUUUCCACCACCAUUCCCCUCAUCUUUCCAAUACUGGGAUUCUCCAGUACAGCAAGUUAUGAAAGAGGUGGGCUCUGGGAUCUCAUGGCCUGGAUUCACAUCCCAGCUCUGCUGCUACCUAGACAUGGGACCUGGGUGAAUGCCUUACCUCUCUGAGCAUUGGUGUUUUUGUUUUUUUAAUCUGUAAAAUGAAAAUGAUAAUCUACCUCCUUCAUGGGCAUGUUGUUAGGACUGCAAGUAAAUGAUGAGUGGAAAGCAUUCAGCACACUGCCUGACUCAAAGCACUUAGUAAAAGUUGACCCUUGCCACUAUUUUUAUUGUGUUUAUUUUUAGUGUGAUUACAUUCCACCUAAGAUUUGAAAAGGGAGUCUCACAGUUCUUUUUCAAAAAUGAAAACUACGGGGAAUUGGGAGGAGCCUAGGAUUUACAGGUUAGUUAGGGUGCGAAUUCAAAUGCUGUAGUAAGGUUAUCAAUGGCUUGACCAAGUGGAAGAUACCUAGCAGUCUCACACUGGUGCACGGCAUAUUCUGCCUUGUCCCUAGAAAGCAGUGAUUUUAUGUGAUUCCUUUUUGCAUCUCAAGUGCAUCUGUGUCAAAUAAAUGAUCAUAGAGUUCCAUUAAGAGAGCUAAGCUUACGACCACAGAGCCUCCCGGGUUCCAGCUCCCAUCCGUCUUACGCUCCGCCAUGUUCAGGGGUGGUCCUUGGAUCCACGAUGGUGACCAUCGCGCCGCUGUCCAACCAGGGGGAAAGAAACAUUCAUAUCCGGGGCCAAUUAAGCGGCAGAGGGGAAGCUGGAAAAUGGCCGUGAGUCGGCCUCAUGUCCAGUUGGAAAUCAUCACGGAGUGCCCCGGAAUUGUAUCACUUCUUGCUUCCCAAGUCCCGCCCCUUUCAUCGACCCCCACUGAAGAGGACUCGGUAGUCUGAAGAACAGUGUACAGAGCGCCGCCAUGACGUGGACUUCGGAGGACCGGAAGUGGUCAGAUUUCAUAGAGCCGUAAAGCGCGGCUGCCUGCCUCGGUUUCCGGUUGGCGACAACGGUUCAGACCAUCGGCACAGGCUUUGGCGUAAGGAACGCUGCUCGACCGCUGCCGGUUUCGUUUCUUACCCUUUCCGGGCCUUUCCUUGCCAUCGCCCGUUUCACCUUGGAUCAUGUUCAAGAAAUUCGAUGAAAAGGAAAAUGUGUCCAACUGCAUCCAGUUGAAAACCUCAAUUAUUAAGGGUAUUAAGAACCAACUGAUAGAGCAGUUUCCAGGUAUUGAACCAUGGCUUAAUCAAAUCAUGCCUAAGAAAGAUCCUGUCAAAAUAGUCCGAUGCCACGAGCAUAUGGAAAUACUUACGGUAAAUGGCGAAUUACUAUUUUUUAGACAAAGAAAAGGGCCUUUUUAUCCAACUCUAAGGUUGCUUCAUAAAUAUCCUUUUAUCCUGCCACACCAGCAAGUUGAUAAAGGAGCCAUCAAAUUUGUACUCAGUGGAGCAAAUAUCAUGUGUCCAGGUUUAACUUCUCCUGGAGCCAAGCUUUACCCUGCUGCGGUCGAUACAAUUGUUGCAGUCAUGGCAGAAGGAAAACAGCAUGCUCUGUGUGUUGGGGUCAUGAAGAUGUCUACAGAAGACAUUGAGAAAGUCAACAAAGGAAUUGGCAUUGAAAAUAUCCAUUACUUAAAUGAUGGGCUGUGGCACAUGAAGACCUACAAAUAAGCCUCAAAGGAAUGCACUUGGGGGGCCAAAUAUGGAUAUUGUAAUUUAUAUGUGUUUGUGUGUGUGUGUGACAACGUGAAGACAAUACCUCUGUGGUUAUUCUAAGUAAAUUUAACAGAUGCUUGAAGGGAAGAAAUCAGGGUGCUGUUACCACAGUGGAGAAAACAAAUUGGGGGACAAGCAGCAAGCAGCCUGUUACACUCUGGAAUCUGAAAGGAACAGCUACACUCUGUGACUCUGAGCAAGCUUCAUCUCCUCUGUGGGCUCCCUUAUUUGAAAGUGAUCAAGAUUGGCUCUGAGGAUGUCUGCCAGAGGGCCCCCCACAAGAGCAGCCUUGGGGACUCCUCCCCGCCUUUUCUCCAGGCCUCCAUCUCUCACCUUAUUCCUCCUCUGCUAGUGAACUAGGGCUGCCAGCAAACUUCUUGAUUCCUUUGGUGGCAAAGUAGAAAGGUUUCGGAAUGAACUAGGACCUUGCUAAAAACCUGGGCUCAAUGGCAGCUGGCAUUGACUGAACAUCUGCUGUGUGCCAGGCACUGUGCUGAGUGCAUUGUAACAGCUGUCUUACUCCCCACAGCAGCCCUAUGAGGGAGGUGCUAUUAUCACCUUUUCACGGAUGAGGAAACAAGCUCAGAGAGGGAACUGCCUCCCCAAAGGUUACCCAGCCCCAGCUACAAGUGGCAAAUCCUGUACUUUCAACACUAAGGACCACUUCCCACUGACCCUGCACCAGGCUUGUAUUCUCUGGGCCUCCGUUCCCUUCUCUAGGAUAUUGGAGGAGUUAGGGUGGCUCCAGUGAGCUCUCUUCCCUCCUGAAACUCUUACCGAUCUGAGGCAGCCAAGGCUUAGCCUCCUAGCCUGUGGGACUCUGACAGUGCCCACAGCCAUGCCCUCCUCUGUCCAGGGGCUGACAGGUGGGAGGGGCAGCCCCACCCUGGGGAGUGGACUUACUCGGCCUCUCU